CGCGCGUUGUCCGUGACGUCACCGGGUGACACAGCAGCUGCUCGGUCGCGGUGACAAAACAACGAAACCGGCGGAGCGGGCCAACAGUUGUCCGCGAAACCUCGAGAUAGAGAUUGCUGCCGAGAGCCACACAAAAACGUAAUCACACUGAUUUAGAAGCGUCUAAUUUGCACAGCGUUAAUUAUCAGUGCCAGCGACACGAUGACCAAUCUGGCUCCCACCAUCCGACUAAAUAAUGGGCGCGAGAUGCCUAUCUUCGGCCUGGGCACCUGGAAGUCCUUCGAGUCGGACGCCUACCACUCUACGCGCCAUGCUCUUGACGUGGGCUACCGGCACUUAGACACCGCCUUCGUCUACGAGAAUGAGGCGGAGGUGGGUCAAGCGAUCGCCGAGAAGAUCGCUGAAGGAGUGGUAACCCGCGAGCAGGUAUUUGUGACCACCAAGCUUGGCGGAAUUCAUCACGAUACCGGGCUGGUAGAGCGCGCUUGCCGCUUAAGCCUGAGCAACCUCGGUCUGGAAUACGUGGAUCUCUACCUGAUGCACAUGCCCGUGGGCCAGAAGUUCCACAACGACAGCAACGUACACGGAACCCUGGAGCUGACGGAUGUGGAUUACUUGGACACCUGGCGGGAGAUGGAGAAACUUGUGGACUUGGGCCUGGCUCGAAGCAUCGGCCUGUCCAACUUCAAUGCUUCCCAGACGGAGCGUGUGCUGGCCAACUGCCGCAUCAAGCCGGUGGUGAACCAGGUGGAGUGCCAUCCAGGAUUCCAGCAACGUCAGCUCAGGGAGCACGCAAAGCGUCACGGCCUGGUCAUCUGCGCAUACUGCCCACUGGCACGCCCCCAGCCAGCCCGCCAGUGGCCACCCUUCCUGUACGACGAGCACGCCCAGCAGCUGGCAAAGAAGUACGGUCGGACCACGGCUCAGAUCUGCCUACGGUAUUUGGUCCAACUCGGAGUGGUACCACUACCCAAAUCCUCAAACAAGUCUCGCAUAGAAGAGAACUUCCGGGUCUUCGACUUCGAGCUGAGUCCAGAGGACGUUGCCAGCAUGGAGCAGUACCACACGGGACAACGCACGGUUCCGUUCUCCGGAAUGGCCGGGCAUAAGUACUACCCAUUCCACGACGAGUUCUAGGCGACAUCAGGGAUGUCACUCACUCAACGGUGUUCAGGAAUGUGUACUUUUUUAUAGGGGAUAUCAUAUCGAAAUGUUUAAAAUUGUUUACUCAAAGUCGAAGAGGUUGCUGGUGCACCGAUAUUUUAAUUCUUUUAAUAUUUAAUUACGAGAGAUUCGUAAGACACCCCCGCAUGUGUAGUAUUUGUAUUGUAAAAUAAAGUAUAUUACGUAGAAAA